AUGAGUCCAACGUCGGUCAGUCCCUUCUGCGCCAUCUGUUUGGACCGAGCGACCGGCAAGCACUACGGAGCGGCAUCAUGCGACGGCUGCAAAGGAUUCUUCAGAAGGAGCGUCAGGAAGAACCACGUGUACACGUGUCGCUUUAACAGGAACUGCGUGGUGGACAAGGACAAGAGAAACCAGUGCCGCUACUGCAGGCUGAGGAAGUGCUUCAGGGCUGGUAUGAAGAAAGAAGCCGUCCAGAACGAGAGAGAUCGGAUCAGCGUGAGGCGAACCUCGUACGACGAUGUCACACAGAACGGUUCGCUGAAUGUGGCGGCACUCCACAAUGCUGAACUUCUAUCCAGACAGAUAUCCAACCCCCUAUCAAACGUGGACAUUGGCCAGAAGAAGGUGGCCACAAUAAGCGACAUCUGCGACAGCAUCCACCAGCAGCUCCUCGUUCUAGUAGAGUGGGCCAAGUACAUACCGAGCUUCUGCGAGCUGCAGAUUGAUGACCAGGUGUCGCUUUUGAGAGCCCACGCCGGCGAACACCUGUUGCUGACGCUGGCCAGGAGGUCACUGAUGUUUCAUGACGUUCUGUUGCUAGGCAACGAUUGCAUCAUCACGAGACAAACAGCUGAUCCUGACAUCAAUCGGUUGGCCUCACGAAUCUUCGAAGAAGUCGUUGAGCCUCUGAGGGAGGUCCAGAUUGACGAUACGGAACUUGCCUGCCUCAAGACCAUCGUCUUCUUUGAUCCAGAUGCGAAAGGGAUAAGCGAUCCAGGCCGAAUCAAAUCCAUUCGAUUCCAGGUUCAAGUCAACUUGGAAGACUACAUAAAUGAUCGGCAGUACGACACCAGAGGUCGUUUCGGUGAGAUCCUCCUCCUCCUACCCUGCCUACAAAGCAUAACCUAUCAGCUGGUCGACCACAUUCAUUUUGCCAAAACUUACGGGAUGGUGAAAGUUGAUAAUUUGUUACAAGAAAUGCUUUUAGGUUGGUUUCAAUUUUUUAAUUUAUUUUGUUUUAGCAGAUGA